CGACUCCCGCCAUAUAAAACCCUAAGAUCCACGCAAGUCCUCUCAACUUUCGGAUUAUCUCUCUCAUACUCUCUCGUUUCAAGCGUACACCGAAAAUGCUUUCUGCUCUCAAAUCGGAAGAAGCGAGCAUGCAGCUCGUCGAGCGGGAAGAAAUCGACGAAGAGGAUGAUUUAUUUGAAGCGAUUGACAAACUGAUCGCUCAGGGUAUUAACGCAGGAGAUGUGAAAAAGCUACAAGAUGCUGGGAUCCAUACCUGUAAUGGUCUCAUGAUGCAUACCAAAAAGAACCUCACUGGAAUCAAAGGAUUGUCAGAGGCGAAAGUUGACAAAAUCUGUGAAGCCGCUGAGAAAAUAGUGAACUUUGGGUAUAUGACUGGAAGUGAUGCUCUUCUCAAGAGAAAAUCAGUUGUGCGUAUCACUACAGGUUCCCAAGCUCUUGAUGAUCUCUUGGGAGGUGGGAUUGAGACUGCAGCCAUCACAGAGGCGUUUGGGGAGUUUAGGUCUGGGAAAACUCAAUUAGCACAUACCCUUUGUGUCACCACGCAGCUGCCUACAAGCAUGAAAGGUGGGAAUGGGAAAGUGGCUUACAUUGACACUGAGGGAACCUUCCGCCCUGAUCGGAUUGUCCAAAUUGCUGAAAGAUUUGGAAUGGAUCCCGGAGCUGUGCUUGACAAUAUCAUUUAUGCUCGUGCUUACACCUAUGAGCAUCAGCACAACUUGCUUCUUGGCCUUGCUGCAAAAAUGUCCGAGGAACCAUUUAAGAUUCUGAUUGUUGACUCAAUCAUUGCUUUAUUCCGAGUGGAUUUCACUGGAAGAGGAGAACUCGCAGACCGCCAGCAAAAACUAGCUCAGAUGCUAUCAAGGAUAAUCAAAAUCGCAGAGGAGUUCAAUGUUGCAGUCUACAUGACCAACCAAGUGAUAUCGGAUCCAGGCGGUGGAAUGUUCAUAUCAGACCCAAAAAAGCCAGCUGGUGGGCAUGUUCUAGCUCACGCGGUGACCAUCAGGCUCAGUUUCAGGAAAGGCAAAGGAGAGCAACGUGUCUGCAAAGUCUUUGACGCACCAAAUCUCCCUGAAGGCGAAGCUAUUUUCCAGAUUACACCAGGGGGCGUUGCAGACGCGAAGGACUAAAACCAGCGUAAAGGAGCUCUUUAUGUCUUGUUACACGUACUCUCUGUUUUUACCUGCUUAUAUCUAUUAUAUGCUUUUACCCACAAGACUUUACCUGGGUAGUUUUAUAUUACUUUUGACCGUCAUAUGUAUGGACUGAAGCAGAAGUUUAUUGUUCUUCUUUUUACCAAAUA